AUGUUGACGGACUCCAUCAACGGCCAGGAGGACCAUAUUCCAGGCAUUCAGAUCUCACUGUUUGCGGUUAACAGCUCGGUGCGCUCGAUGGAAGCCCAGCAGGACGCCGUCGAGAGGAGACUGGAUGCUCUGGAGACCGAUUGUAUCCCACGUGGCGGCGGCGGAGCUACCAUCCACUUUGUCGGGCACACUAGCGGCGGCUCUCUCUUCUGUCUCGACGGCAGCGUUCGUUCCAACGGGAAGAAGGAAGGCUUUCUGUCUAGGAGGAAUCAAAUACGAGUUCGGAAAGUUGCUGGUGGCCCAGAUCAAAGGUGA